CUUCACGAAUAAAAAAUUUUAAGGAAAGUUGGGCUUUCAAGUUUACUAGUUUGCUUGUGGACAUUUUUUUCGCCAAUUCAAUUCAAGCACAUGGAUUGUAGAUCUGUUAACGUGACCGGGCAUGGAAUUGGGAUUCUUUAAAUAUUGCAAAUUGGAUGUUCAUCUUGGAAAAGCAUUCCACCCCGGACUCUUUGCUAGAAGAGAAUCAAGUGCUAAAGCGCAAUUAUCAAAGCUCCAGAGAAGUGAGGAAGAUGAAGAAGAUUGGAGCUGAGGAGGAUAGGAGAAAAAUUGAAUUAACAGAAAGCAAUGCCAUCGCUUUCUCAUUAGGAAUUGUCGACUCUUUGUGUAGCUCUGAUGAAGAUAGCUCGCUAAAUUCAAACUUAUGUACACCUUUUGUUCCCACGGACAACAUAGAACCGUGCUCUAGAUCCAGUAGUACAAAAGCACGUUUCAGUCCUAUCAGAAGCUUGAUUAAUCCAUUCACAAAAUCCAAGUCUCAGCGAAGUCCUUUGGGUCCUGCAAGUGGCUCUCGUGGGCUUCCACUAUCUCGGAUGUCAAGCCUCAGGAGGACAAACACGUUGCGGAAAUCUUCAUCGAAUGAUUUCUCAAACACUAUGCAUAGUCCUGAUUUUGGUUCUCAGUUUGUAAAAAGAGAUCUCUGUAAAAAUUCAGCCGUUUCAGGUUCACCAGGUCACUUGCACGGAUGCCUCAAGUUGGAAACUAAGCACGGGGUGCCAUUUUUUGAGUUCUCGUUGAAUUUCACAGAAGACAUUUUUAUGGCCCAGACAUGGAAAACAGAAGACGCUUUAAAUUUGGUGUACACUUUUCACAACAGAAGAAAGAGUAAUGCUGGCGGAUGGGGAUUGAAAAAUUGGAACAAAGAGUACUCUAUGGUGGGACAAAUGAAGGUUUCAUGUUAUUUAUGUACAGAGCUAAAAGAUGUUGGGGCUUUCGACAACUCUAUGGUGACUGAGUUUGUAUUGUACGAUGUUGUGCACGGUGUUGUUAGACCUCCCAAGAGUUCUAAUCAAAGCCCAGCACGUGGAACUUGUGAGUUGGAUGAUGUGCCAGAUCAAUCGAGGCUCAAACUUCAACCAAAACAUGUUGUGGACAAUACCCAUUUUGAUUCGUCAACUCCAAAACCUUGGGCACCUAAAGAUUUGCAUCCAAGCCUUGAAAUAGCGGCCAUUGUCAUACAAGUCCCAUUUGGAAGAGUGAUCAAAAACAUCCAAAUUUGCUUGACCUCUCUUCGUACCUUGCAUCAACUGCCAAUUAUUGAAAAAUGA